AUGCCUAAAUCGAUUAACGUUAAAGUAACAACUGUAGAUGCCGAACUCGAGUUUGCUAUCCAGUCUAGCACUACAGGAAAACAGCUUUUUGACCAGGUUGUCAAGACUAUCGGUAUUCGUGAGAUUUGGUAUUUUGGGCUUCAGUUUACCGAUACUAAAGGAUAUAGUGCCUGGUUGAAGCUAAAUAAAAAGGUUUCAGCUCAGGAGGUCAAGAAAGAAAACCCUCUUCAAUUCAAGUUUUUAGUCAAGUUCUACCCUGAAGAUGUUUCAGAAGAACUCAUUCAGAAUAUCACCACGAAAUUGUUCUUCCUUCAAGUCAAAGAAGCCAUCCUUAAUGACACCAUUUAUUGUCCAGCAGAGACUUCUGUGCUUUUGGCAUCAUAUGCUUGUCAGGGAAAGUAUGACGAUUAUAGUGAAGAAAAAGCAAAAAAUUUGUUGAAGGAUAAAUUGCUUUCACGAAGAGUGCUUGAUCAGCACAAGCUGUCGAAAGAGGAGUGGGCAGAUAAAAUUGCCACGUGGUGGAAAGAGCAUAGUGACUUAUUGCCAAUUGAAGCCAUGAUGGAAUAUCUGAAAAUCGCACAGGAUCUUGAAAUGUAUGGUGUGAAUUACUUCGACAUCAAGAACAAGAAGGGUACUACCCUUCAGUUGGGCGUAGAUGCCCUUGGUCUUAAUGUUUACGAGCCAGAAGACAAGUUGACACCAAAGAUUGGAUUCCCAUGGAGUGAAAUCAGAAACAUCUCUUUCAAUGACAAGAAAUUUAUCAUCAAGCCAAUUGACAAGAAAGCACCAGACUUUGUGUUCUUUACUGAACGCCUCAGAAUAAACAAGCGUAUCUUGGCAUUGUGUAUGGGUAACCAUGAGAUGUAUAUGCGCAGGAGACGAGAGGACACUAUUGAAGUUCAGCAAAUGAAGAGCCAGAGUAAAGAGGAUCGUGCUUUAACUCUUGCUGAACGUGAAAAAACGAAGGAAGAGAAAAAGAGAACGGAAGCAAAAGCUAAAGAACUUGAAGAUGCUCUAGAAAAGUAUAAAGGCUUGAAUGAAAAAUUAAGAGAACAAGAGGAAGAAAUGAAAGCAUUAGAUGAAAAACAUCAAGCAGCAUUGCAAAAGCUGCAAGAGGAGAUGGAAACAAAGAAUUCAGAUAGGGACAGGAUGAUGGAAGAAAACCAAGCUCUACUCUUGAAGUUGCAGGAUUCACAGAAAGAAAAGGAUAGCCUG